GAAAUACACACGUGGAAAAAAGUGUUUCAUUUACAUUGUUCAUCCGUAAGACCCGACAGAAUGGAAUACUGGCCACAUCCAUCAGUGGCUGGGAUGGAUACAAAAACAGUUCCAUCUUGACAACAUCGACGCAGCUCGGUUUCCAGCGUCAGGACGGCUUCUCUGCCAACUCUCAAAGGAUGAUUUCCGUCGUCUUGCAGGAUCCAAAACGGCCGAGAUUCUAUUCACGUAUCUUGCUCACCUGAAGCAAUCGAGUGGACACGCACCCCUUCCAGCAGUGGACUUCCCUCCUACCCCAGAAAACAGCAGUCCGGCAUGUGAAGACAUUUACGACAAAAGUCUCUAUACGGACGGUAAUAAAAAAUCCUCAUCAGUAGAAUGGUCUUUAGACAUGGUGGACGGACUGACGAAAUCAGAUCCCUUUAAAGCACUAAACACAGCAGGUAGCCGGUUAGCAUCUAAAGGAAGUGGUCAGGUUCAACUAUGGCAGUUUCUCCUCGAACUGUUGUCGAAUAAGAGUAACGCAUAUUGUAUCUCGUGGGAAGGGACUAACGGAGAGUUCAAACUGACAGAUCCUGACGAAGUUGCUCGCCGGUGGGGGGAGCGCAAGUCGAAGCCUAACAUGAAUUACGACAAACUCAGUCGAGCCCUGCGAUACUACUACGACAAAAAUAUAAUGACUAAAGUACACGGCAAGCGAUACACGUACAAGUUUGAUUUCCGUGGCUUGGCUCAGGCUUGCCAACCUCCACCGAUGGAUCCCAACGCCUUGAAGAUUUCUUUGGAUAUUCUUUUUCCCGAAAACCAAACUACACCGCCUCCACCCACGUUCAACGUAAACUAUACAAAUUUAAAUAAAGCUUCAAUUUGCUAUAGUAACAUAAAUAAAGUAGCUGAUUACCCAGACUUGUCCAGCUUUUCUUCGAAUAUUGGUGUCCAUCAAGUAAAUUACCAUUAAACUCAUAUUGUUCGGCGAGGACCAAAAGAACAUUCCUGAUGCAACAAUAAACAUUCGUAAGUACUGAAUGGAUAUCGUAACGGUGGCAUACGAUCUAUCAACAAUAACUUCAGAUUAUGUGAUUUCUAUUUGUCAGUGUAAUGUCUUUGACGUACGACUUAAAACUUUAUUGUAAAAUAUAACACAAGAGUAGAUUAUCUGGCUGAUUUGGUGACGGAAUUCAGACAUAUAUUCAAAAGUUGGGAUGUGAUUUACUGACGACUCACUACCUCGGAGCAUUCAUAAUGUAAUCGUCCUGAGGUUAUACCUCUUAUGAACAACAACAACAAAAAACCUAAUAAGAUAUUAUUAACCUUCUGUACUCACGAAAUAAAUACACAACAUUAUUAAAGUUUAGUAGAACUUCAUUUUUAUUAAAAGAAGCUUGAGAUAUGGGAGAUUCAUUUUUACGUAAAGUGUAAUGAGCUUCAGUGAUUUGUACUUAUUUAAAAGCACCUUCAAAAGAUCUAAGAUUGGCUUUGGUGUAUUGAAAU